UGACAGGGAAUUGUUACAGCCCCAUUCAUUCUGGAUCUUAAACAAAAGUUAAGUUGCUUCUUCUGUCAGUAGCUCUAACGUGCAUUAACUGAUUCUCAUGACUUGAAUGAGGAUAUGAGAGCGUUUUAAAAAAGGAAAUGAUUUUUUUCUUGGUUCCAGUUUUUUUUAUAGGAAAUUUAACUGUUACUCCUAAAUCAGGUACAGUUCCCCCAGAAUGACUCUGAUCGCUUUGGUUUGGACGGUCUGUUAAAAAGAAUUCUGAUUCACUUGCCAGCCUGACGUCGGCCCGUGAACGACUAACAGAUUGAGGAAACUCACCGGAUUCUUAUUCCUAAGGAAACAACCUAAAUGGCUUUCCUUCCUCGUGAGCUGUUGGCGCUAAUGGCUGUCCUUGGUGUCGUUCAACUCAUCUGUGGCUACAGCUACAGAAACUGUAUUGAGGAUCAGUGGUCAAACCGGAAAAGUUUCCACUGUACCAGGCGGUACGUGGGGAAAAUGUCAAAUAUGACCCAAGACCUGCCUGUAACAGCUGUUAAUCUCUCAAUCAGCCACUGCAAUGUGAGUCAACUUGACAACAGCUUGUCUCAUCUACAAAACCUUCAGCACCUGAGUAUCAGCCUUUGUAACCUGAAGAUCAUCAGCGGGAACGCUUUCCGAAGCUUGAGUCAGCUGAAAUCUUUAAUUUUGUCCUUCAACGAAUUGUCUGAGCUCAAACCUUUGCUUUUUGAGGAUCUGCAAAGCCUCAACUCCCUCUUGUUGGCUCAUAACAAAUUACAAGCUCUCCCUGAGGAGAUUUUCUUAAACACUUCUAGUCUUCAGACUUUAAACAUGGACACAAACGUACUCAAUAAUUUCGCAAAUGUUGUCAGAUCUGUAUCGCAUCUGAUGAAUCUGACGGCUUUGGACCUCAGCUUCAAUCAUUUCACCUCACUAAGUCACUCUAGUGCGUCUUUGCCCAGAUCCCUCACAAAGCUCUCUCUGAAGGGAAACAAUUUGCUCACAUUAGGAUGUCAAGCGACACUGUUCAAUUAUGUCAAGCUUCUGGAUCUGUCGAACAACGCCAGGCUCACUGCGAUGGCUUUUAAAGGAGUAGAUUUGAGCCACUUAAAGUUUCUGAGUUUGAAACUGACAAAAGUAGACAUAUUGACAUUUUUAAACAUCAGCAAUGUGAGUAGAGUUCACGUCGACUUCUCUGGCACUGGUUUGAAAAAUAAAACCCAAAUCGAGAAACUGUGUGAGCUGUUGAGGAAAAAGCACAGUAUCAUGAAAAGUUUGAAAUUAGAUGAUAAUGGGAUUAAAAGUACGUCAUUUACACUCCACUACUGCCCUACAAUUACAAAGGCUUUACAUUUAUCGCAAAACAAACUCCAAACUGUAAAGUGCCUCGACUUUCUUGACGGACAAGAAAAGAUCACAGAGUUCUAUGCAGAACACAACAGACUCCUCUCCCUGUCAUCCUGCAAAAACAGAAGCAAACCCGCUUUAACAAAACUGAAAAAGUUGAGUUAUCGCUACAAUCGCAUCCUCUCAGUGAAAGCCAACGCUUUUCAUCUCACUCCAAACAUAAAGGUGCUGCAACUUAACAUUAAUAAUAUCGCCUUUUUGGAUCACCAUGCGCUGAAAGGCUUAAAACAGCUACAGGAGCUUCGACUGGAUAAUAACCUCCUAACUGAUUUGUUUAAAGACACCUUUGCAAACACUUGCAAACUGAAGAUCCUUAAUCUGCGCAACAAUCGUGUUUCUGUCAUAUUUAAUGGAACCUUCUACUGCCUUAAAAAGUUAACAACCUUGGAUCUGGGAGGCAACAAGAUCACUCAUUUCCAGGCAGCUGGCUUUGAUGGCUUAACAAAGUUGUCAAAGCUGUACUUGGAUGGAAACAACCUAAAAACAAUUAAAACGUCCUUCUAUUACGCUUUCCAAGAUACUCUCAAAGUCCUGGAUUUAAGUAGAAACAAGAUCCGUUUUUUGACCAAAGACAAAAGCUCCCCUUUUAUGAACUUUAGCAAACUCACUGACCUCAAAGUGGCGUCUCAGCGGCCUUAUGGCCUCACCCUUUUACCUCCAACUUUAUUUCGUGGCCUGCACUCACUGAAGUCUUUGUACCUCGGUAACAACAGGAUCACUCACAUUCCUUGUGAUGCCUUUGAUGAUUUGACCGGCCUACAUUUUCUCACCCUGGAUAACUGCUGUGUUGGGGGGGUGAACUUGCAUCCAGGAGUCUUUAAGAAUUUGAGAAACUUGACCAAACUGAUUUUAGAAAAUGUGGGCCUUCAAAAUUUCACCAAGGAGGUUUUUGGGAACCUCACACAGCUGAGGAUCCUUCAGGCAAACCACAACACGAUGCAGAGCAUUCCUCUAGACGCCCUGGAGAGUUUAGUCAAACUCCAAUACCUUGACAUCCGUAAUGUUUCUCUAAGCUGCACCUGCAAGAACAGCUUUUUGCAAAACUACACUCUUCACAACCCUGAUCUUCAGGUGGUCUACUUGUACAAUCUUCAGUGUCCUGAGGAUAAUAGCAAGACGUUCUUUAACUUUAACACUGAGGUUUGUUUCAUAGAUUUAGGAGAGCACCUGUUCUUCUGCACUGCAGCUGUGAUCUUCCUUUUUACAGUCACUCCUUUACUUCAUGUCAAACUCUACUGGAAAGUCAAGUAUGGGUACUUUGUUUUCCGCGCCUGGUUCAGUGAACAGUGGAGCAGAAUCAGAGACAAAGAGGAGAAUUGCAAAUAUGACGCAUUCAUCUCCUAUAACUCCGUAGAUGAAGAGUGGGUCAUGGAUUAUUUGGUGCCUAACCUUGAGGGGAAUAAAUCCCCUUUUAAGCUCUGUCUGCAUCACAGGGACUUCGAAUUAGGUCGAGAUAUUGUGGACAACAUAGUUAACGCAGUCUACAGCAGUCGGAAAACCAUUUGUGUGGUGAGCAGGAGCUUCCUGUGCAGCGAGUGGUGUUCCCUGGAGAUCCAGCUUGCCAGUUAUAGACUCUUUGACGAGCACAGAGACGUUCUCCUGCUCGUCUUCCUGGAACCGAUCUCGGAAAGGCAGCUGUCAUCCUACCACCGCAUGAGGAAGGUCAUGUUAAAAAAGACGUAUCUACAGUGGCCCGGCCCGGACACCACCAAUUUUCUGCAAGCCCGAGAGCUGUUCUGGAGCCAGCUCCGCAGGGCAAUAAGAGCAGGAAACAGGCUGGAAACAGAAGAUGAAGCUCAGGAACACUAUGCUGCACAAGACCAUCAAACUGAGGAGAAUCAGACAUCAGAUGAAAGCUGCUACUUGCAACCAUAAAGAUGUUUUAUUUUUUAAUAUUUAUUUCAUAACAUUAAAACAAAUCAAUGUACAAAUAAUAUCAAAUCAACAAUAUAACUGUGUUCUUUUUAGCUUUGCUAUCAAUGUUUAUUUUUCUUUGUAACAAUGACUGAUAGUGUGAUUAUAUGUUUAAAGUAAAAAUUCUCUUGUGGUGUCCUAAAUUAUAUAGCAUCUGUUUUGCAUAUUUGAAAGUGCUUGAAUAUGUAAAAAAUGUUUCUGUUGCUGGAAAAAAGUGAGAUGCAUGAAGAAACCUCCAAAAUAAACCUCCAGUAAUGCCA